GUGGAUGUGGCUGGAUGGUCGGCAAAGCGGAAAAGACUGGAGUUAAAGCUGCACAAUGGAGUUUUGCAUAUUAGCGCUGUUUACUCUUUUCUCCUCCUUUUACAACGUCUUCGCGUUGGCACCUAAAGGCUCGUGUCUCCUUCAAGUGGACGAGGGACCCUGCAGAGGAGAAAUUGAACGCUACUUCUACAACACUAUCACCCAAAAGUGCGAGAUUUUCUACUAUGGAGGGUGCCAAGGGAAUGCCAAUAACUUCAAGAGUUAUCAGGCGUGCCACAAAACAUGUUUCAGAAUCCCAAAGGUUCCCCAGAUCUGCAGGUUUUCCAAAGAGGAGGGACCCUGCAGGGCCCUCUUUCGCCGCUACUUCUUCAACAUGACCACCAUGCAGUGCGAGUCCUUUUACUACGGAGGCUGCGAGGGCAAUUCAAACCGCUUCCAGGACCUCACCUCCUGCAAGGAGUACUGCAGUCCACGAAAAACUGUUCCUGUGCUGUGCCUGGACCCUCUGGACAAAGGGAGGUGUUCAGCAUCCAUCCCUCGCUAUUACUACAACAAAGCCUCUAAAAUGUGCGAGGAGUUCAUCUACUCUGGCUGUGGCGGGAGCAGCAACAACUUUGUCUCGAGGCAGAGCUGCAUGGACGUGUGUGUUAAAGCAGAGAAAAAGCACUCAACCCAAGGAAAAGUCCGUCGCAUGAGACGGAAUAGAAAUAAACGCAUCAACUUCUUGCAGGCGUAGACGUCUGCCACUCAGGGAUUCUGACUUGGACAAGCCCUUAAUGGAAACUAACACUUAAUAAACAGACAUUUUUUUAAAAUGCCAAAAUUGUUGACGAGCUCUUCUUCGUUGUUACUGGAGGAGUUAUUGUGGCACAUACACACAUUUCCACUGUAUGAAAUGCUUUACGAGCAACUUCCAAUGUGAUUUCACUGUAUGCUGAAGUUUGUUACUACUGCACUAAUGUUUCUGACUGUAUUUUUGAUACUGUAUGUAUGUAAUGUAUGUUUUAUAUAAGUAAUUCAUUAUGAUAGUGAAAUUUUGUAUUGUCUAUAAGCACAUUUUUUUAAUAAAAAUAAACAGAAUUUUA